UUUUUUGCUGGCUGUUUCGUGAUGUGUGUGUGGUUUUAAUUCUGCAGCUUUUGGAUGUGAUUGGCCAGAAGUAUCCUUUGCCCCCAACCCCCAUCCUGGGACUGGAGCAGCAGAAGGUCAAGAAUCUGGCAGUUAAGAGAAACUGUUUUGUUAUGCAGCCCUGCGUUAAGAUUAAUGGAGCUUAAAGUAGCCAGGAUAAUGUUUGCUGAGGCUGUUAAGUGCGCGUGAAACCAUUUUACACCUUUCAGGAGAUGACUUUGUGCUCCAUUUUGCAGAUCGAAGAAGGCAGUAAAGCUGCAGCUGUCGACAAGUUGCUUGCAGGAGAUGAAAUUGUCAGUAUCAAUGAUGUAGGCCUCUCUGGGUUCCGGCAAGAAGCUAUCUGCCUCGUGAAAGGCUCUCACAAGACACUAAAACUUGUCGUGAAAAGAAAGAACGAUUUAGGCUGCCGCCCUCACUCCUGGCAUGCAACCAAAUUCACAGAGACUCAGCCUGAGGCAGCCACGUCAAGGCCUCCCACGACCAAUGUCUGUGCUUCAUGGCACUCUCGGUAUCAUGCAAGUUCCUCUUCCCAUGACCUCUCAAGCUCAUGGGAUCAGUCAAAUCUACACCGUACCUCUGACCAAUUCAGUUCUGCUGGAAGCAUGGAUAGCUGGGACCACGCACCCCAAACAUACCAGUAUGAGCAGAUCUCGUCUGCAAAGUCCAACAGCAGCAUUGACCACCUAGGGAAUGCUAGCAAAAGGGAUUCUGCAUAUAGUUCUUUUUCUGCCAGCUCUAGUACUCCAGACCAUACCCUGUCCAAUGUAGAUGCUGCCUCAACCGAGAAUGUGGUGUAUAAAGUGGGUCAAUGGGAUCCCUCCAAACAGGGGAGUAUCAAGCCUGCCUUAUUCCUUAGUGACAGUGGAAGAUUAGAUGAGAAGCCAAGCUGUUUGCCACUUCCAUUACAAUAUGAAAACAACAGGAGCCCCCGGCUAGAAGAGAACACUGAUUCAACAUGUUCUGGGUCUGGAAGAUCAAACUUUAUACCAGUUUGGUAUGUACCAGAGAAGAAAAAGUCUCCUUCUCCUCCGCCUCCCCCACCUCCUCUCCGUAGUGAUAGCUUUGCUGCCACCAAAGGUCAUGAGAGAGCUCAUACUCCUCUUUAUGCAGAGAGUAUUCAGAGCACCCAGCACUUUGAAGUCCUGCACAGACCUCAGGCCAGAAACAACUGGGACGCUGACACUGCAGAGCAACAAAAGUUAGGUGUUAAGGCCAUUGAGAAGGCCUCAGAUGCGAGGCAGGGUGGUAAUCCAGCCUAUAGAUCUGAUUUCGGUCCGGUUUACAGUUUGUUGCCUUCCGAUGAUAGGAUCAACAAUAAUAUGGGAAAUGUCCACAGGCUACAUUCGUCUCUGUCCAGUACUGACAUUCGUUUUGCACAGUCUGCUUAUGGACAACCUCGCCAUCACCAUCAACGGCAAUAUAGUGAUGAAAGCACUUUCUUUUACAAUGCAAAAGUUUCUGCAUCGCCUAAAGAGCAGCGACAUCUCUCCACUUAUACUGGUAUCCCAGAAAAGCCUACUGACAAAUACAGUUGCCAGCCACACCAAACCAGGAUGUUUGAUAGUAAUGCCACUGUUCCUUCUGACUUGAAUUCUGAGGAGAAAGUGGAUAAUACUGGGUUAAAUCACUAUUAUUGUGUGACAGUGAAACAGCCUCUUCCAGAAAGAAACUCCAGGCCACAGCAGCAGAAAGAUGAGUGCUGGAAUCCUGGAAUAGGUAACAACAUCUAUGGACAACAUGAAAACCCUGUUGUAGCUAGAAUGAGCCAAAGUCCCAAAUGCUAUCUACCUCAGCAAGCUGAUGAAUCUUCUCCAGGUGUAUCUGAAAAGAGAGUUCAUUACAUAGUGAAUAAAGGAGAAGAUAGAGCUCUUGUCAUAGAAGAUUCCAGAAAGAUAAGUUACCCUGAAAAAGCAGUGCAGAGUAGAAGCUUUGAGGAGAAUCACAGGAGAUACCAUGACCAAGAAUACGGGCAGGAGUGUGUCCCAGUAUCUGACUGUAAGGCUGCCUCGAAUGAUUUCAAAUGGAGUCAAGAAGAGAGCUUCAAAAUUUCUCCUCAGAAGACCCCAAUGUUGCACUCUUUAGCUCAGGAAGGGAAAAACCAGACUGACGUUGCCAUUGAAGCGGGAAGUAAUAAGCAGCCUGGAUUUGAUGCUCACCUAAACAAAACCGUUCGAAGGAGUGAUCGUUUUGCAACUACAUUGAGAAAUGAGAUCCAAAUGAAAAGAGCAAAGAUGCAGAAAAGCAGAAGCACUGCUGCCUUAGCAGGGUCAACUGAGACAGAAGAGUAUGUUGAGAACUGGAAGCCUGAUUCUGCAGAAAAGAUAAACUGCUCAUCAGAAAAUUCUUUCACUAACAUGUACAAGGAUAAUCUGAAAGAAGCCCAGGCCAGAGUUUUGAAAGCCACCUCUUUCCAGCGCCGAGACUUGGAAGCCAGUUCUGCAGAUUACCUUCCAGACCGGAAGACCAAUAACUGCAACUCUUCCCCAUUGGCUUUUGUUUCUGAGGAUGAGUCAGGCUUCCUUGAAGCUAGAAAGUCUUUUAAACAUAAUUCACCUGGUAGUAAUGUUCACCAUGUUCCUCGCAUUGGAGCUAGAAAGAGGUUCACAGCAGAACAAAAACUGAAAUCUUAUUCUGAGCCUGAGAAGAUAAAUGAACUAGGUGUGUCAGUAGAUGACUACCAUUCACGCCGUCGCCCAACUACUUCAGAGGAAGCCUUGGGUUCUUUUGCAGACAAGUGGAAGUUCUUUGAAGAAACUAGUAAGCCUGCCUACCAGAAGUCUUCCCAGAGACACACACCAUAUGGCCGUCCAGAAAUACAGCCUCCAAAUCCAUAUAGAAAUUCUCAAGAAAGUGAGGCUGAGGGUUCCUGGCAUGAGAGGAGAAUGCGAUCAGCUUCUUUUGGUGUUGAGAACAUGCUUGGUGUGUAUGAUAAAUCCAGAGAAAACGUCCAUUAUAAUAGCCACCAAGAAAAAUCUGGACAGCCUCAGAGAUUAGAAACUUUUGCAGAAUAUCAGGCAUCUUGGAAAGAGCAGAGAAAGCCUUUAGAAACUCGCAGUUCUGGGAGAUACCAUUCAGCUGACAAUAUACUUGAUGCUGGCCAUGAGCAGCUUGAGAAAUCUCAGUAUACACAUGAACGGUCAAGAUCAUCUCCUUCUACUGAUUUCUACAAAAAGGAAGAAUCAGCUGAAUCAAGGAGACAAACAGAAAAUUCAAAGAAGGAUGAAGUAUGUAUGUCUCCAGUACCAAGGUCUGAUGAAAGCAAUUGUUUGAGCUUUUUUUCUAAGCUCACAAUCUCUCUCCAGCCUCCUCUAACCAGGGAGCAAGCCUGUCUUCUUUCUGGGUCUCAGAGGCCAGGUGAUGCAGCGUACCCAGAAGGGCAUCCUGGAGAAAGAAGAGUUCAGCAGGAUUACAGUGUAGGAAAUAAAUGGAAGGCAUCUGGCAGGCCCUCACAUACAGGGCAGGCAACAGUUGCAGCGCACGGGAGCCGAAGUAGAUCGGGGACAUUGCCCAGUGAUUACAGAUAUUUGCAGGAAAAUGUGAGUGAAAAAAGCAAAGAUUAUAAUGUGCUGCCACUUGCCAUUUCUGAGCUGCAAAUAUCAGAUGAGAGCUACCUCUCCCCUUCGCAAGGCAAAAGAGGAGAAGGUCUACAGGGAGAUCCAGCAUUGCUGAACAGAAAAUAUGGGCCGGUGCAUCACAGGCCUCCACCGUCCAAACGAGAUAGUAACUCCAGACGACAGGACAAUUCUUCAGCAUCACUUGCCGCUUCCUCAGAAUCUUCACUGAGUGUGCCCAACAGGUCUAUUCAGUCCCUCUCUUCUCCUGCUGCCAACGUGGUUGCAGUGAGCUCACCGCCUUCUCAGACUCCAGGAAAGGUUGUUGGAAAAUAUACCUGCACAGAGCUGCCAGAUCCUCCACAACCAGCAGCAUCCAUAGAGAAUACUUGUCAGCACUUAGAAGAAAAACCACAUCUCAGAUCUGAACCUGUGCUUGCUUCAACAUAUCGUGGCCAUCUAAAACCUGAAAUGGAGGCAUCAAGGUCCCCUUCACCACAAUUUGCUCCCCAGAAGCUGACAGACAAACCUCCUGUGGCUGUUCAGGAUGACAAUCCAGCAAGAAUUGAACGAGUGAUGGAUAACAACACAACAGUAAAAAUGGUCCCUAUCAAGAUUGUACAUUCUGAGAGCCAUGCAGAGAAGGAAAGCCGACAGAACCUUGUGAGCACCAUAGAGCCUCCUGCUUUACCCAGCGGUUUGGAGAAAGACCAGAUCAAAACACUGAGCACUUCUGAACAGUCCUACUCACGCUUCUGUGCUUACACAAGGCAAGGUGUAGAGCCAGAGCCUGAGAACAAAACCAGACUGCCUUAUUUGCAACCAGCAGAAGCACUUGGGCCCCCCACAAAGGACACUGAUGUUUCUGGCCACACCGUCAGUUAUGUCAGAGCCAAAGAGAAGACAAUCGAAGACUGGAAGUCAGAAGAAUUAGCCAGAGAGAUAGUGGGCAAGGAUAAAUCACUAGCAGAUAUCUUAGACCCAAAUAUGAAAAUAAAAACCACAAUGGACCUCAUGGUGGGAAUCUUCCCAAAAGAUGAACAUCUCUUGGAAGAAGCUCAACAACGCCGGAAGCUCCUUUUAAAAGUUCCUUCACCCAGAACGUCAGAAGACAAGAAAGAAGAGCCGCCUCUGCCUCUGGGCAUCCCCUUGACAACCAACUCCACCUACUACAGCACCUCUGCCCCCAAGGCAGAACUCUUGAUUAAAAUGAAGGACAUGCAGCAGCAGCAGCAGCAACAGCAGAAAGAGGAGGAUUCUGAGGAUGAGCUGGACCAUGAUUUGUCUGAGAAGAAGCAAGAGCUUAUAGAUAGCAUAAGUCGAAAGCUGCAGGUUCUGCGAGAAGCUCGGGAAACUCUCCUGGAAGACAUUCAGGCUAACAACCUACUUGGAGAUGAAGUGGAGUCCCUUGUAAAAGAGGUCUGCAAACCCAAUGAGUUUGACAAGUUUCGGAUGUUUAUUGGAGAUCUAGACAAAGUAGUCAACCUCUUGCUGUCUCUCUCUGGUCGAUUAGCCCGGGUAGAAAAUGCAAUAAACAACCUGGAUGAAAAUGCCUCUGCGGAAGAGCGGCGGGUCCUGGAAGAAAAGCAGAAACUGCUGACACAACAGCAUGAAGAUGCCAAGGAGUUGAAGGAAAAUCUGGAUCGAAGGGAGCGCAUAGUAUUUGACAUUUUGGCCAACUACCUGAAUGAUGACAGCCUUGCGGAUUAUGAACACUUUGUCAAGAUGAAAUCAGCCCUCAUAAUUGAGCAGCGGGAGCUGGAGGAUAAAAUCAAACUUGGGGAGGAGCAACUCAAGUGUCUGACCGACAGUCUCCAGCCUGAAAGGCCCAAAUGACACUCCUCCCACAAGGAGCAGCAUGCCUUGGCCAACAUUGAUGCAUAUGCAACUUUUUGAUCGCUAGGAGGAGCCUAACUAAAGAGAGAGCACCAUAAAAGCAAGAAUGUUAGCCUUUGUUUCUAUGUGGGUUGAUUUGCAUUUCUAGAGACUCCUUUGGAUUUCCUUUUAUCAUACAGACCAUAGAUUCCAUGUUUUGGUUCAUCAUAUUAAGGAAAAUGGGGCAAUUUUGCAUGAGUACCGUGUUGUUUUUGAAAAAAUAAACUAUGUUCAAAUUCUGUUCAGAUCUAUACAGGCUGCAGUGAAAGCCAUGGAAAAUAACAUUGAAGACUAUUGAUUUUAGAGACUUUAUAGUCUUGUAUUUCAGUUGGUGAGGUUGAGUGGCGUAUUCAAAAGUGCACACAGUUGGAUGCUUUUUGAAGAAAUGUUGCCUAAUACCUGUCUUUAAAAAAAUAAUGUCAGAACUGUUUGGAUAAGUAGAUCUUUUAUCAAACUGCAAUAAAACUACUUCCAAGCACACUGGGGAAUUGUGUGUUUGCAUGGCAGCUACUUGGGUUCCUUUAAACAUCUUCCUGUGACUUUCCUCAGUCAGGAAAUUCCUUGGUGUCACCUUUCUGUCUUUACAAAGGACCUUCAACCAAAAAUAUAUGUUAUUACCAUCUUGUUAAAUCCAGAAAAAAGGAAAAACUUUCUGAGCUUCAGAUAUGGGAUAUUCUAGUCCGCUAAGUCCUGAAAUAAGGAACAUCUCUUAUAAUAAAGAAACAAGCUUUCUGGCUGUCAAAUAAGGGACAUCCCUUAUAAUAAGAGGUCUUGGCAACUCAAUUUGAAGAUUACAAAUUGCUUUUUGCAAGAUCUAUUCCAUUCUAGUUAUUCCUUGAAUAAUAGGUCACCAGCGGGAUGGGGGAAGCCCAAGAACCAAAGUAUCAUUCAGCUCAGGUUUCUGAGAUGAAUGAGGUUGUGAAGGACUUGAUUAUGAUAUUUUCAGAUCUGUAACACAGGGGAGAACUAGUUCUACAUUACGCUAGGUGCCAGAGAUCCCUUGAAUCAUGCUUGGGGAUCAUCCUACGAAUAGUAAAUUGUGGGGUAUUUUUGGUGCAUGUGGUCCCCUCCAUCUGGGUUUAUUUUUAUUUUGUUUGCCUUUUCUUCUUCUUUUUCUUCUGCAAGUAAAGUCCUUGCUUACAAUAUUUAGGUUGAUUAUAUUCAUAUUUGCGCCCAUCAACUCACUUCAAUAUAAGUAUUGAAAUGAGUGGAUGGUUGUGUCUCUAUAGCUUUCCACUUUUCUCCUGACAGGUAUCAAAGUGUUAGGGGGACCUUCGUUUCCUGCUCCAUGUCACAAAGAAUUUGAUCUUCAAAACUAAACAUAGAAAUUAUUACUAUGAAGUAUUUUAUUGCUAGUCCAAACAAACAUUUUUAAAAAAUGUUUUAAACUUUUUAAUAUAAUUUUCUUAUAUUCUUUGUUCAGCCUCUUUUUUAUAGUUUUACUGUGAAAUUGUUUAAGCGACACUUAAAACUUGGACAUUCUGCCUUUUUAAAAUGUGGAACUAAUUUGAAUUUCAUGUAAAGAAAAGUCUUUAUCUCAAGAGACCAAUUAACAGGUGGAUUGACUUCAUCAAGGGAGCCACAGCCCUCAAUUUGCAAGUGCUGAGCCAGUAGUUGAUCUCCUGGGCUCUUGGGGAUUUUAUUUCUAGAGUCAACAUAAAUUGAAGUAAACUUGAUAGCAAAUAACAUCCACAAAUCAUUCCUACGCACUCUUCUGGCAUCAAGUUCCUUCAAUGGUUCUCACUAGCUGCCCCUAAUGUUUAAGGUUGAGUCCCCAUGGGGAGAAAGACGGGGUAUAAAAAAAGUUAAUAAUAGUAAUAAUUUAAUACUGUUCACAAAAAUCCCAACGUAUUUUUGAUAUUGUCAACAUCUGAUGUGUCCAAAAAAAAUUACGUAAAAAAUUCCACAUAGCCUUGCAAUCCCUUUCUUUUUCUCUCACUAUAUAGCCAAGUUAAAAUAAACAGCUUUUAAAAAACCUUUGUCAGUGCAAACCUUCAUAUUUCAUACACAAACACACAUAUAUUGAUAUGUAUGCACACAUCUAAAUACAUACUGUUGUAAUGGUUUCAUUUGUGUAUUUAAUCUCUAAAUAUAACUUCAAUAUGUAUGCAGUACUUCGAAUUAAAUCAUGUUAAUUCUUAUGAAGAUAGCAAUAUGAAAAUUGAUGUACAGUUGUAUUUAAUUGUGUUCAGAAUCAGUUGUUUCUUCACAACCUUCAGUUUGCCUUCCACAUUUCUUUUCUGUUUGCUUUUCUUUUCUAAAUUGUUUUUGUGAGCAGGUUCGCUGGAAGGGGGCUUUGCCCUAUAGCUGUAGAUAAUUCUAUAAAUAGCUCUAUUAUCACUUUGUAAGGCAGAGAAUUUGGUGCUAAUCGCAUUUGGCAAGUAUAGGUGAAUGAUUUCUUUUUCACCUUAUGGGUCAUUGCCAUUUUUAGACCUUUUUUGUACAGUGAAAAAAUAUAUUUCUGAUUUUUCCCAUUGUCCUUUUGGGUUUGCUGCCCUGAGUUAAAAAAAAAUCUUUUUGUUUCUUAAAUAUUUACCUACUGAUAAAUCAUCAUGCUUGACUAAGGGAAAUAAACUAAAUAUUGUGUUUCA